CAAUUACCAAAUCAGGACUCCCUCGAUCGCGGUUCACUGAUGUUUUGGCGACUCUGCCCAAAAUCCAAACCGAAAUAAGCAAUAUCAAAAUAAUUCAUUGUCCCUUGGUAUUUUUUUAAAUCCCUUAUAUAAAUACUUCUCCGUUUCCUAGCCUCCCAUCUUAGUACUCCCAUGUCUUUCUCAGAGGCGCACCCCGACUCGCAGUACCACUACGACGCAUCGGGCAUGUACGCGUCGUCUUCAGAUAGCGACGGUCCACGUACCCCCAGUUAUCCGUCUCCUUCUGGGCCAGAGGGAUACCCAUAUUCGCCUGUCGAAUUCUACCCUAAAACUGAGUCCUCUGCUCAAUUUUGGCCUACGUCGUAUACUCAGAGUCCCGACGUUGCGUUGCCAACAGAUAUACCGCUCCAUGCUCCAGUGCCUCUUUCCCGCCCAUCGUCACUGCUUUAUCCUGAUGCCCAAACGGGAAAUUACCCCAUUCAAGAUGUACCAUCUCAGCCCGGUCCAUCGUAUCCACCGCUCGGCAGCUAUUCUUCUCAGCCUCUGCUUUCUCCAGUAUCACCCCUUGAACCAUUUCCAGAGUCCAGCCAUCCAGAACUAAUACCUCUCCAGCCACGAGUACUUUUGGAGACUCCUCCUUUCGAGCCCUUUAUUAAUUUCUACAAUAACAACCCCUGCGACCAGCCUCUCUUGACGUUUCCCACUCCCAGCGAGCUACUUAACGACCAACCGUCUGCCGUCUCUGAACCUUUAGCUCAUGACUUCGGUCCCGACAAAGCUGACACCGCCAGGAAAGCUCGCCGUCGCGCUAUGGCGAGAAGUAUCGGGUUUCCCCCGACAGAUCCGGACAGCAUUUCCUCGCACGAGAAAAAAAGGCACUACCUUGAAUGCUUGGAGCGCUAUGUGAUCUAUCUACACGAGCAACUCAACCUUACUGGCACCCAACCCGUUGCUUUGGAACGAGUUUCCAGUUAUCGCGGCCUCAGUAGCCGUUCCAUAAGGACGCUGCUAGUUCAUAUGGAAAAUAUGACCCGAAAACUUAACUUCCAACGCGUGACGGAGGAGCAUAGGUUCUUGUCUCUUCGCGAUGCUCUCAUCAAGAAGGAGGCUACUGCCGCAGCGCUGAAACAGUGUCAGCCACGGUCAGCUGAAACGGGGGCAACGGAAUACUCGAAUAAUGGAAGUGAUAAUGCAUGAUGCUCGCAAUGUCGUUAUCUUUUCUUUCGCUUUCGAAUCUGUAACUUUACUUUGCUGCUUUGUAUAUACUACCUUAUUCCCGGGGCGCGAUAGGGCGGCCAUCUAAUUCGUAAUUUUCUCAGCAUUCUUCACGCUCAUACAUUCGGAACCUAAAUAAAAGACACACGAUUACAACUAAUUGCCAUAACGGCACAGUUCGACAU